AUGAAAGAAGACAUUGUUCGAACUCAGGGCUACCGACUCGGCGCUCCUUCCAGUCGUGACCUUUUAUCUUUCGCGCAACUGCCUCUCGCAGACUUACACGGAUCGGUGUCAGCACAUCGCAGUCAAAGCAACGAUGAUCUUUUAUCAAUCACACAUCCGCUAGUCAAUAAAGAUCUGCUGUGUCAUCGCAGCACUGUCAAUUCCUCUGCAACAGACGAUCGUCGCAGUCAUGAGGUGCCUGUAAUUACGACCACAUCUGCUGGGACCUCGUCGAAUAGAGACCUCUCUUGGACACUAAAUCUGGUUGACCAUUGCCGACCUGUGGUCCGAAUCAGUCCAGAUUCCGAGUUUGAGUCAGACUCUUGCUCCGACACUCCGCCUUCUUCUUUGUCUCCCGAUUCAACGCCGUCCUCCUCACACUUCUCCUCUGUCGCAUCAACCGUCUUCUCUCGAUCUACCUCCCAAUCCUCCGAAGGUUCUUUGACCUCUUCUGUUUGCUCAUUAUGCUUCAGUGAAAACAACUUCCAAAUAGGCAGCAAUGAUGACCAACAAGGACUUCCAGUCACUUCCGCCAAUCGAGAUCAUCUGCACCACCAUUUUAGGGCCUCACGGCGCAAUCUGCUCACUUCUGACCAGGCCAGUUUAGACCUGAUUCCAGAUGAGGCUGCUUUUCGACCGCCCGAACCAUAUGAGGCCAAGUGCGAUUCCGGCAAUCAGAUUCUGCGACCAGUCAACCGGACUCAUCUUUCGCCAUCACUGACUUUCACGGACUCAACUACACUCGGUACAUCU